AUGCCGUGCCAACCGCGUAUGGUGUCGAUUAUCGGUUGGCGAUCGAUGAUCGGUGUGACGCGGAACGUUCAGUUGGAUAAAAUCUACAAGUGUGAGAGUUGUGGAAGGAGUAUCGAAGAUAUAUCACCGGGUCCCAACGGUCCUAUGCAUUUUUCAGAUGAAACUACUAGAAAAAAUUUCAACUCCCAAAACCCCCUCGCUAUACAACAUGCCACAUUACGGUUCACGCUUAUUGUUUCGCAAAUGGUUCAGAUAUUGCUUAGUGAAAUGCAAGGUCCUGGAAAUCAUUCCUUGCUUGACAGUCUUCGCAGCAAAGGGCCGGUAGAUACUGGCUCAUUUUCCUGUUGUUUCAGGAAGAAGCGCCAUGCUGUACGGAUGUCCGGACAAUGUAACCCUCGGGGUGAGCGUGGAAGUAAAACCGCCAACAAGGUUAGAGUGGCUGCUAUUCCCAUUGAACCUCAACGUGCUUCAAGUAUCACACGCCUCGGCAUGAUUUACUUGCCAGUCGCGUACAAUUUUAUGAUGAAAAUUACUGUGACAGCUUAUGGCAAAGUAGAUGAAACGAAGUAC